GAGCUGACGUUUUGUGAAUGCUGAGUGUGCAAGUCCGAACACAUUGCCGUCUGCGUUCAUACAAGUAACAGACAGGAGCGAGAGAGGAUACGUGAAUAUAGAUCGAGGAUUGUGUGGAUUUUAAUCAUUCUCUUGGUUAAUCGCUGCGACAUAAGACACAAGAUGAAGGUUAUGUUUGUAUGUGUGGUGCUGCUGUACAUUGCAAUCCCGACGGAGAGCGGAGUAGCACAGUGUCCAAAUGGACAAUUCCUAGAUGUGCAACUGGACAUUUGUAAAAAUUGUUCUACAUGUCCGAAGAACCAGAUUAUCAGAAAACCUUGUCACUCCCACGGCGACACUAUCUGCGGGCCAUUCCGGGAGUUCAUAGACUUUAACCAGAGACCGGACGAAGGUGGUUUGGUUGACGAGAAGCAUGCCCAUCCCGACCACCACAAGCACGGCAAACAUCAUAAAGGACAUCACCAAGGAAAGAAAAACCACCGUAAAUCCACGGACCCAACAUCCGAAUUGACCAUUGUAUCUAUUGAAGACACAACCGAGCCUCAGAAAAGUCAAGGGAGCGUUCUGGAUUUGACGUCUGCUGUAUCGUCCAGCGAACACCAAUGGAAGACCUUAGCCAUGGCGUUGAUUGGAAUACUGUGCAUAGUUUCUGUAUCCCUUGUCCUGUUUGUAUUCGCUGCCUGCUACAUCAAAAGCAAGAGACAGGCGCUUGAGAAAGAAAUGAUUUAUGAUCCAGAAAUGAUGGAAUGUGAAAGAGCAUAUGUUCAAGUGCAGCCGUAUGAACCAGCACGUGAUCGCCUAAAGUCGAAGAGCAAUAUCCGGGCUGUUCGCGAGUUCCAGCAAAACGCGUAUGAUUCCGGAAGUGACGACAGUUGUGGAAACCCACAUCCGCCAUCAAGCCAGUUGCUAGGGCAACUUAUUAUUGGACCAAUCGUUGAUGAUUACGAUGCAGACAACAGCGGACAAACAAUUACAACAACAAAAUCAUCAGACUAUGUUUAUUUCAACAGCCCCCAAAAUGCAAACGGGGAGCCGUGAGCUUCAAUUAUUCCAGACAUUAUUCAGACUGUAGAGUGACUGACAUGAUUCCGAGUCACGUGAUUGAUGCAAGAGCACGUGCAUACAGUGCUUGAGUGUGUAAGUGAACUAUUUGUGAUAUUAGUGUGCUCAUCUGGUAUAUGGGGCUCACCCAGUGCUGGUUGGCCGCGAAGGCCAUACAUCAUCAUUCUUGCUCAUGGAAUCAUUUGCAUAAAUUAGCAUAAUUUAUUUAACUUGCAGGGCGUACUAAAAUAACAUUUUCUCGUGUCUGAAGUCUCUUGAAGACUCAUGUGCUGCAUAUGCUACCCUUGUGUUCUCAAUGUCCUGUGUGAAAUCUCAGUCCGAUAAGUUGAUAUUUGCCAAGAUAUCUCAGUUAUUGACCUGAGUCCGUCCAAUAAAAGAAUAUUUGACCUAAACCUCUCUAGGCCCCUUAUUCGCUGCAAACAGAUGCAACAAUGCUGACGCAGCAUCAAGCAAUAUUCACUCGCUUGACCGUACUGUUCCGUCUGAACAUGGAAUGUUCAAAAUACAGAUCCUCCAAAUUUGAACAAUGGGAUGAAGGGCGUCUCGGCCUGUUUCCAAAAUCAGGUCCUUGUUCUUCAGUUGUUUGGCAUAGAGACUCGUGUUUGUUUGAUUCAAUAUUUCUUUUUGAUGUGUCUCCUUUUCAUAUCAAAUCCGCCCUCUUUUCAGAAAGUCAUCUAAAAAGACACCAAAAUCCGAAUUUAAUUUACGUUAUAGCCUCUUCUGUAAACAAAAAAUCCGGAUAAUCAUCAUCAAUAAAUAUUAAUUUCCAUAACGCCGAUAAGGUACAAAGGCUAGAUGUCUCUCAUUGCAAACACGGCCGGGAAUUACAGAAAAAGCCAUUGUUGAAACUCAGACAAAAUUGAGCUUAGAGUGUAUUUAGAUAUUACUGGGGAUAAUCUCUCCCUGUGUGAAUGGGCCCAGUGUUGGAGUUGGCCUGCGCUUGUAGCUGGUUCCCACAGUUACAGCACAGGGCUUCCUGUCUGGGGGACGCGGCGUUAGAUUGGGGAAGUUGUUUGUCCCCGUCUCGUGUGGAGCCAACAUCUUAGUUGACUACACAACAGUUUCUGAUGGCAGACGGAAAUAUUAGACCGAAACCAGCCCAUUUCAAGUUUUUUUCCGAAAUUAUCACACAUUUCAGAUAACUUUUUUGCAUAUUAGUAAGGCAUACUUUGUUGUCCAAAUUACUUAAAAUGUAACUUGAAUAAUUAUGUUGAAGCGAUUUUCACCAUUUGGAAACUUUGAAUAUUAACAUGUCUAUAUAAUACACGUAUCUCAUGUAUUACGAUUGUGUGCCCACAGUGUUGUGGACACACAAUGUCAAAGGUCAUGGUGAAGGCCUGCUUGCAGUGCUUUUCACCAAAGCGACAACCCAGCAACCCAUAACGUCAAUAUUUAGAAGUCUUGGCAAAUACGCACCCCUCUUUCGGUCACCUGAUCUCAGAUCAAGACUCUCUCGCUGUCACUUUAAUCUGUGCUGCAAACUGAACUCCGGUUGUUCUCGUCUCAAAGACGAUUUCAAACAUGCAUUAUUAUUUGAAUAUUUAAACUAUGCAUUUUCUGCUGAAGGGAUCGGCAGCAUGUACGUUUUUGCCAGAAUACGGUGCCUUCACUGCCAAAACAAAGCCUAUUUUUCUAUUGCUUUAUCUGUACGAUGUUUUGUUGAUAAGAGAUGGUGGUACAAGCACCAUUGAGUGCGUGUUGAGGCUAGAGCGAGAGUGACGUAUGCAUGGUACCAUUAUGACGUCAGAUCCGGGAAAACCGGAAGCUGAAUGGAGGUUUCCUUCUAAAGGUUGUUCAAGAUUGUAUAUAUGUUGAUUAUAUAUUUUGUACAAAAUGUGUAAAAAUGACGAAUUUGAAUUAAAAAUUCAAAAAGUA